AUGUUUGAAGACGAACCGGCUCUGAUACGGUGCCUUCCCGAAUUAAACACCCUUCGCAUCAGGGGCAAACUAACCGACCUCUCCAUCGACGUACGUGUCUAGCACGAUUCUUUCACACUCAUUUCAUUUCAAGCUACAAGACAACGUCGCACUGCCUGUGCACAAGGUAAUUUUGAUCUCCAGGGUACCCUCGCUGCGUGACAUCGUGUGUGAAAUGCCUAGGGAAAGGAAGGCUGUCCUCCGGUGGCCGAAAGUUCCCUCUGAGUAAUAGCCCAUGUUAUAUUAACACUGCCAUCUAGGAUCGCCAGGCCGUUAAUCGAUUAUAUUUACACUGGCCAACUGAAAGUCUGUGAAGCCAGUGCUGCUGGUCUAGUGGUGCUCUCGAAACAACUGUCACUAACUCAUGUUGAAGAGUGGGCGGUGAGUUUCAUUGUUGCCAGGUAAGUGUUCUUGCGUUCUCACUAACUUUCAGGUUAAAUUCGGAAAAUAUAGCAAACAACUGGAACUUUGCGCAGAUGCUGAAUAGCGAUCGCUUAAUGACCGCCUGCCUGCAGCAUAUCAAAACAAGCUUUGAGGCCACAAUUACAAGUGACUUUUUCAUACAGCUGCCAUCUGACACCGUCUUGUCCCUACUGCGGGCAGAUGACCUCCAAGUGGGCAGUGAAGAGAGCGUGUUCGAGGCGAUUAGGUUGUGGGUCAGUCCGUGCGGCGAGAUUGAUGAAAUUCGAGUGGUCCAUGCGGCAGCAAUGAUGAAAGAAGUACGAUGGGAUCGAAUAAACCCCGAAUUCAGAUACAAACUACUUGAUAAUGACGGCUUUUGGAACAGAAAUGUGGAGUGUUUGUGAGUUGCUGAACCACUCUUGACUUCUCAAACUGUCAGACGACUUCUAGGUCGUAUAGCUGGCUGGUUCGAAUGCCCAUCUUCAAGGGCGGGCAGAGAGUGUCCGUUUAAUACGAAUCGCAGAAUUACGCAGGAGGAAAUCUGUCUCAUUGGUACAUCGGCAUCCAGUGGUCAAUCGGUGCUGAUCCGGUACGAUGCCAAUACAAAGACCUCAGAGCAACUGAAUGUAUUGGGAGACCGAAGUUAUGCGGCCUUUGUGGCUAUUGAAGGUGGGCUGUAAACCGUUGAAUUUUAAGCGACGGUAUAAAUUAUUCAAAUUUUUCGAUCACAGUUUGUUUUCACACAAUUUGAGCAGUCAGUAGCGCUGUAUGUGCGACCGAACAAUCGCACUGUGACGGAACGAGUUUCUUAAGCUUAACGCUUCCAACUCGGGACAUCAUCAACUUACCUUACUCCGUGUUGCCCAUCCUUUUUAUAUUUAGUUGCAGAACACAGCACAAGUUCGACAACCCUGGUCGAGAUUGUGUUUACCAGAUUCUUUUCUUUAAACAACGCAAGUACUGAUGGUUCACUCAGAAGGGGGAUUGCGAAACGCGAUUACAUCGACAGUAUUGUCCUGUUUCAUCGAAUCACACGGCUAAUCUAUCUUCCCGUGUACCUUCAUGGGUUAUCACAAGCGUUAAUUUGUCGUCUCUACUGAUGUUCAGUAGGUCCCUGUCCUCUCGCCAGUCCUCUUCAACUGUGCGAUGGAACGCGGUCAUCGCUUUGCGACUGAGAGCGUCUACAUAAGACUGAGUGCAUUAUUCUUGGCUCUCGACUAGGCUCAAAAUACUCACACGCCCCGGAAAUCUUCGGAGGGAACUCACUUCUCCCGUUGACUGUGGAGUUCCUAAAUGCUGAGAUAGUGUCCGAUGUUCGGGAGUAGAACAGCAUCUGAGCAGAGAUUCCAUUGGUUCGCCAGGGCCCCUUUAGACGGUUAAAUUAGCGUUAUUUCCGUUGAACAAGUCUGCUUCUACAACACCAGUUUGGAAAGUUCCUCGUAUUUUCGUCCGUAACAUAUGGCUUUGUCAGUAAGAAGAUCACUUGGUUUUGCGCUGGCCUAUUAGCCAGGAGUCCCGGUUUCUUUCUUCUGACCUAUCAUGCCUGAGACUACUGGGAGUGAGCCUUAUGGAGAACAAGCGGACGCCUACCCGAUGUCUGACUUCCGCUCCGCUGGGAAGUUUCACGCACACCGACGCCACAGCUCUGGGAAGCGAGAAAGUAACUAAUGCUCUUGCAAUAAAGGAAAUCAGUAAAGGGGAACAUUUUUUAAAUCUCGCUGUCAGCGUUACCCCUCCCCCCCCCGGCGGACACAUCUUUUUAUUGUCUCUAGGUUUCUAUACUCACCUUUUUUACACCACUUCUUUUUAUACAAAAACAGACUGCGUAUUUGCGAUCGGAACAUCGGAUCAAUACGGCAGAUAUAAAAAAGUUGAAAAAUUUGAUACGAGGGAACUUGGCUGGAGCGCACGGGCGCCGCUCUCCACGGAGUGGCAGUACCAUGCCGCAGUCGCUGUUCCAGUGGGUCGGGAAUACGUUGCAUGUGUUUUUGGAGGAUACAACUGUAAUGGAUACGACUAUCUGAACACCUGUGAGCUCUAUUCUCCACAGGAGGACAGGUGAGUACCCGAGGUUUGUAAAUUUAUGUAAAAAAGACGAGGCCAGGAUGACCGUUGCCGACUUACUUGACAGUCAUUAACCGGUAAGACUCGGGGUUCAAACCGGGCACCAAGUAAAAAGGGCUGCGUCCUGUCAACCGUUCUUGCUCAAAAGGUUUAUCACUUAGUUUCCCCCCUUCACAUGGGACGUUAAGAUAUCUGCGGGAAUUGUUCACCAUCGCACAUCUACGAUCUCCCCUUUAGUAUAUGCUUUUCCCGAAAUUUCGGCAUUAUGCAGAGCUUUUGUGGUCACAGCGGAAGGUAAUGACAAAAUAUAUGCCUACUAUGACCUACUAUAUUUAUCAAAGUAGGCGUUGUUCGGUAGAGUUUUUGGUCGGAGUCCGGUCAUGCCCUUUGGCGGGUCGCUUACUAGCUUGGACUCUGACCCCGCGUAUACUAGCGGUUUAUUCACUCACCUCAUUUCUUCUAACUGAUUAUUCUUUAUUCUCCUUGGAAUUGGUGAUUGAUUUUCGUUUAAUCUCUUACCGCAGAUAAGGCUUUACAGUAGUUUUCUUGAUUUAUUUCACAAUUCUCCGGAUUUUUCUAAAUCCUGGUUGUGAGGCCCCGCCCGUAUAACCUCCAUUACCAUUCACUGGUUAUCUUUUUUCUGAUUCCUUGCUUUCAGGUUCUCUGUCGGGCUGCACCAUCAUGUUCUCCCAUUUUAAUUUUUGGCUAUCUCGUGUGACAAAUUCGAGUCUGUAGUGUUCUUGAUGUGACCUGUAUGGCACUCGCACUCAGAGGGGAUCUGGGCAGUCCCCGCUUAUUAUCUUUGCAUCCCUGGUGCAUCGUGCGCGGACCGGGCCUGUGUGUCGCGUGGAGACGUGAUGAUUAGGUUUGUCAGCCGCUGCCCCCGAUCCCGUCUCGCUCGUACUGAAUUUGUCUUUCCACCGUGACGGAGAAUAAAGUGCGGCAGAUGAUGUGCAAGUCUGCUAUUGUUUUGAACUAUAGUAGGUGGGCCGGCUUUUGGGUGAGCUUCUUUCCGACCGCCUGCAUAGACUUCAAUGCAAAAAUGGCUACUUAAGUAAUAUGAAUUUUCCCCACUAGUUUUCGGUACUCAUAUAAAAUCAGAUAUAUUUUUCAGAAAACAUGCACAAAAACGUCCCUUCUUAUACUUAUUAGGUAGCAAGUUACAUUUUUCUUCGAUUCAAUGCUUGGAAAAAGUAUCUUUUGGUUUCGAAAAGUUUCCAAUUAUGAGUCUUUUAAGACCGUGAGCUGUCGAAUCAUACAGCAUCUCAUCAGCGCGUUUAUUAAUGCUGCUUACCAAGUGGACGACAUCGUCCACCUUGAUUACGAAUUUUUAUGAGCCCUAUGUGACAUCUUUUACUGGCGUGUAGAAAAGUAUGUUUUUUCUUACGUGGAAAGUGCGCGGCUUGUAUUUGGAAACCCUGAUUGCAAGCGUAGCCGCAGGUAGGGUUCAAAACUACUCGAAAGCUGAAAAAGUUUUUUUUUUUAAACUGAAAAGUACUUUUCUUCAAGUAUACAGUUUGAGGAAGACGUAAUUAGCUACAAGACGAGUACAGGAAGGAAUAUUUGUGCAUAUUUUCUAUGGAAUAUGUUUGAAUCUAUAAGGUAUCAAGCUCAUUGUGAAAAAUCCAUACUAAUACUUAAAUAAUUAUUUUUUACGGACGUGAAAAUCCAUACAAAUACUUAGAUAGUCACCCUUUAACAGAGUGUAGUUUAUGCAGGUGGCCGGAAAGGACCUCUUUCAAAAGACGGAAUCCUGUGGGAUUAUGCUGCAAUAUUGCAGCCCCACUUAUAAGCAAUCAUUGCGGUUUGAAAACCCAUUUCAGAAGUUCAACCAAAAUUUCGUGAGAUAGCACAUCUACUUCAAGUCCCCGUGCUGGCGCCCAGUAGGCUGUGAGGCACACAGCAGAUAUCGGCGUUCGCAACGGUCGAACUGACAUGCUUACUUUGAAACUUCAUGAAAUGCAAACCUGUUAGUUGGAGUUACAGCAUACCAUACUGGCAGCCCAGGUACAAGCUAAAAGCCUGGUAUUCUGUAACCUCAAUAUAUACUAAUAGCUACCUGUUGGCAGUUUGGUUAGUAUUAGGCGGUUAUCUCGCUGUGGCUGAUGGAAUUCGACCCAAAUAUCCAAAUCAAAUUUCCAUCUGUGUCUAUAGGCCCUGGUUCCAACUACUUCUUCUCCUAGAUGGCAACAAAUCUGUUCAACUAUUCCCCUUAUUAUUUGCCAACCGUAUACAAUAUUUUAGUUAACUUAAAAGUAGUCUGUUUAUAACCCGGGGAAUGACACGGAUGUUCCUCGAAGACGGAACUCUCAUUUAAGAAGUACGCAUUUGACAUAAAAUGCAAAAAAAUGCUUGUUACACCUCACUGCAACGUAGCUAUUACUACUGCACUGGAAAGUUUCCUGAAGUUGGUGAUUAGGGAUACCCACUGUGUCAGUGUGUCAGACGUAGUAAACAGGCUGGAUUGUCUGCACUUGCCUACUUGUGCCAUUCUUCUCACUGCCCCACCUUACUGCAGAUGGUACGCGCUGCCUCAGUUGAAAGAACGCAGGCAGUGCGCAGCAGCGGUUGCACUGCCAGACGGUCACGUAUUUGUCAUCGGUGGUUAAGACGCAUCUGGCUACCCGUUGAACUCUGUGGAGACAUGCCAUCUACGUGAGCCAGCAGACUGGCAGGGACGGCGAAACAUGUCGGGCGACUUUUGGAAGAAUGCUGCUUCCAUGGCGUCCGCGCGCAGCGGCCACGCAGCGGUUGCAUUUCGGGGCAGCAUCUUCGUCGCUGGGGGCAGCACCUCUAGUGGGAGGUCUGCGGUCGAGGUCUUCGCCCCGCCGGACAAUCAGCAACCCUUGGGACAGUGGACCCAACUCAUUAACAGCACCUUGAAAUGGCCUAAUGGUUCGUUCGUCGUUUGGCAGGACAGGCUCUUUUCUUUUGGUGAGUGCCCAGCCCUGUUUUCCCUGGUUUAGUUGGUUUUUCUGUUCUCUAUCUUGUGCCAUUCGAAUUUGUAGAGCAGAGGUAAAGGGCAGAUCUCAGCCGUUCUGACUGUUAAGACAAUCUAUUGCCGUUCUCCGUUUCAUGCACACUUUUCGCAGAUUUUCUCUGUGUGGUGGAGGACUGCAAGUGGGGUUCAAUGGUCCCUUCCAACUGCGACCUCUAUGAAAACCCCAUUUAAAUGGGAUCCGGGUGGUGGUCCCCCAUUUAUGUGCAAACCCCUUCCACUGUGUGUGGCCCGUGGAAACGAGCCACUUAGAUUUGUCGGCUAUUGCGCCUGAACCCGCAGUAUGUUUUGUCACCGAGCCGAGCUUGGCGAGUGGAGGAGAGAGCGUCGCGGAGCCUGCUAUCACGCCGUUGUCCUGUGCCCAGCAUGUUGUGGGACACACGGUGGAUGUCGUCGUUCGUGACCGUUGAACUGUCGGUAGCAUAUUUUCUCAGUGUGUAACUUAGCUGUGUGUACCUGGUGUUCAAUGGAGUAGUCCUGCCCUACACUUAUGAAUGGAUUUUGUAGGAAUAAGGAAACUGAGAAUUCAGUAGCACUCUUGCCUGAGAAUUAUUUUCCUAGUGAGUUACAAAAACUUUGCCUCUAAUGAGGUAGUUGACAUUCUCUGCAAACCCGAGGAGAAGUCCCUCGGCCACUCCUACUUGAUGAAUGUAGUGCCGUUGUCUUGAGUGUAGUCUCCUGUAGGGUACAAAGAGUCAACAUAAAAUUUAGCUUGCUGCUGUUCUGCAGACGUCCGGUUGCUUUUUGCAUUUCGUCCCCACCGCUAGUGGGAGGUAUUGUAUCGAGCCCGACCAGCCAACUCUCCCUCAUGGCAUCAUCAAGGCCAUAUAGGUAGACGAUUUUUAAUUUUACCGAUUACUCAGCUGUUUGACAGAAAUCCUUAAACGGCACCCAGCCAGAGCCAUUGGUAAUUGUGCGCUUAGUAUCAUAUGGCCGUUUUCAUUUUUGCUGAGAUUAAUCACUGUUCAUUUUCCUGAUUUUGAAGGCUCGAAGGAUUACUCGUCCGUCUCAAUGCUGGAGUUCGUUCCACCACCAAGUUCGUCAACACCAUCGCUUAAGGACUAUGCAUCCUGGAGAUGGUCGGAUCGGGGGAAGGUCGAUUGCUUAAAGUCUAUCCAAAAAGCGUUCCUUCUGCACUAACUGUUAUAUUUGCCUAAAUUUUAUACUAUUUGCGCUUACAGUGCGAUUUGUUAAACCGCCUAAAUGGUUCCCUUGUAAUAAAUUGACGCAGACGCGUUGCAUUCUUAAAAUUCCAUUUCGUGUCGGAUAUGAAUUUAGGAGGUCGAUGACGGAGUCAGUAGCAGGUAUCGGCAGCUGCGGUCACAUCUGGUCUAGAUGGAGUCAAUAGUCCCGCGGAGCCACUAAGCGACCGAAGCACUUGUUGUCCAUUGACGAGGACCCGGGAUCCAGGCACCACCAACAAUUCGACCGUUACAUCCGACGAUGUCCACCGUGUUUUCUACAGCAAGGUGAAGCUGGCACGAUGACUUGCGCGUGAAUUAGUUUAUAGUGGGAGUAUACUUGCGAAGCAUCUACUGCGUUCUCUGCCCCUCCCGCCUGCGCACUGUAUCAAAACAGUGUCAAGAAGACCGGAGGCGAGGAGGGCACAGGCGUCUGGCACGGCCGAACACGCAGCUGAGCGUACCACCACACCCCCUGGUCUACAACGAACGCUUGACCAGGAUUUAAAUCAACAACAACAACGGAAAGACGAGGAUGACUGGACAGCCAUGCACACGACUUGUACACCCGGCGGGCGCGCAAACGCAUCUACCACCGGAGAACUGCUAGCGCGCACCGAACUGCGGGGACCAUGGUUUGCUGAUCAUGGCAUAGCAGACACUCACAAACCUUGGGGCCCAGGCAUCAGCACCAUCACCACCACCAUGUCUGUGGGCCUGCGUCGAGUCAGCAUAUCAGCCUCUCUCCUAAUCGCCUCCGAAAAGCCUAGGGAAUUGGAUGUGGAUCAGCUGCAUAGCAAUCAGGUGGGGGCACGAGGAACGUGCUUAAACCGCCCGAGCUUUUGUUUCAUGGAUUGUCUCAGAUAUCCAGAGCACUUCGUCACUGUAGUCGCAGCUGGUGUACUUUCCUCGAAAGGGGGGUUCUCGAAAAACGAUGCUCGAAAACACCGGAAUUCCCUUUCUCUUUUACGCGUAGAUGUUUUUGCGUUGACUGCAAUGACGGCCAGUUACCGUUGCUUACUCCCUCGAUCCGGGCUGCAGAGAUGCUCCGACGUAUGAAUUGAUUGCCGGAAUCGACCUGUCGGCGUGUUCGGGAAGCACGUGAUCCGACACGUCCUCAUCACUGGUUUCACACCACGCACCGUCCUGCUGUCACCCGCAUAACUCAGAAGAUGAAGAUGCGAUCACUGGGACUGAUCGCAUCUUCAUCUUCUGAACUGCUACCUGGGACUCGCCUGUUCGCUUCUAUCAGCACCCGCAUAACUGCCAAAUCUCGCUGACCAGCAUGUUUGCCAGGUCGACCGGAAAAAGUGCAUCAGUUCUCCUACGUUUGGGGUGAGUGCCUCAUUGCGACUCGAAGGUCGUCCUAGAUGUGUUUUAUCUGGAACUUCGCGCUUUCUGGGUCCUACCGUACAUGGCGUGGCAGACGUGUAGCGUUUUCGUUCGAGUGGCAUGGUUGGACGGGCGUUCGUUUCGGGUGUGUUUAUCCUCUGACUGCCACAUGAUAUUUUUUGACACAUACUGUACGGGAUGGGGUGUAAGUUGUCUCCGCAGGCGGAACCUUUUACAGAAUUGCUGCCGUGAUUAAUUGAUGUCAGUUAUUCACUUGGUUUGUCCAUAAAUGUUGGAAAAAUCAAGGGGUAUUCGAACUGUGUCUCUGGCUAGGAGAUGGCACGUCGUGAGCUUGGCGGUCGUCAGUUUGAAGAAGGAGACUACCUUCAAUAUGUCGGGGCCAGGUUGGACAAAGUAAGGUUGACAUCACUGGCUGGAUCGACGCUGUCCACUGGGUUUACAAGAAUUAUUGCGGAUACACACAUGCCGCAGUACCCGAAUCGUAGCAAUGGUCCGCGUGUAUCUUGCAUUGAUCUGGACAGUCUCCCCGUGCAUCACUAAAUGUUUAAAUGUAAAUAAGUCUUUUUGCAAUGCCUUCCCUGCAUUUCUAUCGUGUCGGUCGACUUAAUGCGCGCAGAAAUUCUCGUAGACCAUUAGGUCACCAAUGGGAACACCGGUCCGAUCCCUAAGCAGGAGAUGUCAGCCGUUGUCUACCGACUUCAAUGCAGCUGUGGAAGGUGCAACUACGUUGGGGAAUCCGGCCGAUGGCCGCAAACGCGAAUGCACGAGCAUGAGUUGGCCGUGCGAAGGUUGGUCGGAGGUAACUGACGCCAAGUGCCUGUUAUCAAAGACUGAGAUAUUAGUUGCGAAUGGAGGCGAAUAUGCGAGGCCCAGGUUCUUGUUGUAAAGAGGAUGAACGCGCGAUCACAGAGACAGUACGAGCUUUCGGACUCGUACAGGAGGCCAUCAUCAGGGACUGUGAGAAAUCGACGUUAGUAAUAUGUCGUCCGCGGGAGAACAGUAGCAGUGAAGGAAUUAAAAGUGGACAAGGAUAUAAUAAUGCUGCCAGCCGGCAAAGGAAGAGCAAUCGUCGUGAUGAGCCACGUCGAUUACAACAGGCAGGCACAAGCCCACCUCGACGACCAACAGUCCUACAAAUCCACGCUUCCCUCGGUGACUGAUCAACUAAUCGGACUUUUGAACCGACUCAGGCACGACAGUGUGAUAUGUCUGGACGAAUGGCGACAGAUGAAGCUAACGGAUAUGGGACUGGCCGGGUUUUAAGGAUUACCCAAAAUCCACAUGCCAAAUGUGCCCCUUCGGCUAAUCGUUACCUUGAAAAACAGCCCCACUUACAAUCUAUCCAGAUGGAUGGCCCGGAAACUUAAUUUACUCCGAAAGGGCUCGAAAACCUCCAUCAAUUUGGCCUCCCAAUUCCUGGUCGACAUCCGAGGAAAAACUGUCCGUUCUGAUCAAAUUAUGGUAUCCUUUGACGUGAUUUCAUUAUUCACAUCCAUCAAACCGUACGUGACACGCGACAUUCUACGUAAACGGCUUGAAGAAAACUAUGAAGAAACGAAUAGACUUCUAAAAAUCGGCCAUUGACUGUGACUAUUUGUCUUCUGCAAACAAACCUUUUUUCCCCUCCAGUGGCAGAACACACGAGCAGAUCAAACGAACGCUGCUGAGUUCGCCAAUAUCCAGCCUGGUUGCGGAAGUAAUCUUACAGGAGCAGGGAAAUGUCGUCUUCAACCACAAUGAACCUACAUUUUGACGCCGAUACGUGUACGGCACCUUCAUUAUAAUUGAAGGGAGCAGACUAGUAGACUUUCAAUACCUGCUGAAUGCUAUCUGCCUCGACAUUCAGUUCACAAGCAAAGAAGAACAUAACGAACAGUUGUCUUUCAUUGACGUUCUCGUCAGACGUAGACCGAAUGGAGAACUCAGCACCACGGUGUAUAGAAAGGAGACUAAUACGACUCAGGUUCUCAACCACCACAGCAAUCAUCCGAUGGCACAUUAACGCGGCUGUGUUAGAGCACUCUUCAUAAGGGCAAAAACGCAUUGCAAUGAACCAGAGGGACAAGUACCAGAACUACGGCAUCUUCCUGAACAACUGGCAAGGCAUGGAUACCCAAACAGCUUCGUCAGCGCUGCCUCCGAAAGCACCCACGGCGAACAAACGGAGGAGAGCCACCAACACUCUGGCACCCUCUACCAUAUAUAAAGAACGUGUCCGAAGCGAUGCAACGUAUCGCUGGGGAGCUCGGCGUGGGUAUCGCUCAUCGUCCGACAGCGACCAUACGCAACAAAAUCAUGCGAGUGAAGGACCGACUAUACGCAGGAGAACAAUCUGGUGUCGUUUAUCAGAUUCCAUGCCGUGACUGUUCCCUCCAUUAUGCAGAACGGACCGGAUUACGACUUAGCUCGCGAAUAACGGAGCACAAACGGGCAGUCCAGAGAGGCGAUCCACUGUCCGAGGUCGCUACUCACAUCCUGGAGGAAGGAUACGAAUUCAACUUUGCGAGCACACGGAUAAUGACGCGAGCCAGCAAUAAGACAGGGCGAAAACUGCUGGAGACCUGGGUUUCUGACACCAACGCCAUCAGCGGACACGUCGAUAUACCCGCCUGCUACCACGUGCUCCGUUCUCGCGGCCAAGAGGCGGGGUCCAAUUCCCAGCCAAGUGUACACGCAGCCCCGUCGCCGUGA